GACAGGAGGCUUUGUCAGCCAACUUUUACAUUUUCAUUAUUGUUUCAAUACAUUAUUUUCAUUCUCUGACCUUUCUUUUGCCUUAAUAACUCAAGAAGCAGGUAAGGCUUUCAAUGAAAGGGUGUUAAAAGAGCAGGUGACAUUAUUUAGCAGACACUCUUAUCCAGAGCAAUUAUGGUUAAGUGCCUUGCUCAAGGGCACAUCAACUGAUUUUUCACCUGGUCGGCUGGGGGAUUCAAACCAGCGACCUUUUCGGUUACUGGCACCAAAGCUCUUAAUCGGUUGACUACCUGCCUAUAUGACUGCAAUCAAAUCCAAUGUUGUUGUGACUUGGGUGUCACAAAGACAACCUUCUUGGUCCCCACCGCAUCCAAUGGAGGGUGAGGGAGGAGAGGAGGGGAACCCGGCCACAGGAGGAGGAGAUGAACAGCCAGGUGGUGCUGACGAGGCAGCAGAGGACUCUGGCGUUACUGUGGUACCUGUGCAGGAGGGUGGAUCAGCAGAGCAGGCUGAGGCGGGGACUGAUCACCCAGUGUCACAGUCAGGAGACAGUGGUACAGGUGCAGCCUUCAACCCCACCAGCAACUCAGAUAACGAAACGAUGCCCUUUCCACCUCACCCCUCAUUGCACCUCUCAGUCCCCCUCUCUGACAGUGAUGGGGACGAGUUACGCAGGGCGGCGGAAGAGGAUGAUGGUGCAGAUGAGCUAAUCGUGCUGGACCCCUGAACACCCGCUGAUGAGAAGGUUCCAGACUGCACUGAAGAACCACCUCCAUAAGCAACUGGGGAGACUCAACGUGGAGUUGCGGGAGAAGAUGGCUAUUUAGACCGCAGGCGGCCACCCAGCGCCAACAGGCCCAGGAUCAGCUACAGGGGGUCUGAAGCCAGUACCGCACCAGCCAGGCCGGCAAGCAGAGGUCACACGUGUCCCAGCUGCAGAGUGAGGUAGAGAACCUGGCACUGCAUCUGUUCUACAUGCAGGUGGUUAACGCCGACCUGCACUCUGACAUCACAGCCAUGAAGAACACCUCGCGCAAGCCCCACUCCGAGAAGCCCCAGGCAGAAACACACCUGAUUCAAGAUCAGCCAAAUGGCAUGUUAGUUCUAAUGUUAACCUUUCUGAGCCAAACAUCAAAACUGGUCCUGGACCAGUUGCUAAGGGUCUAGAAAUAGAAUUUAAAAUCAUUCUUAUUACUAUGGCUGAAUCUUCUCUCUCUCACUCUACCCCCCUCUCAAUUCAAUUUCAAUUCAAUUUAAGGGCUUUUUUUGGCAUGGGAAACAUGUUAACAUUGCCAAAGCAAGUGAAAAAUCAAUGAACAAAAGUUGAAUAAACAACAACAAUUUUCAGUAAACAUUACACUCACAGAAGUUCCAAAAGAAUAAAGACAUGUCAAAUGUCAUUAUGUCUAUAUACUGUACAGUGUUGUAAUGUUGUAAAGUACGAAAGGGAAAAUAAAUAAACAUAAAUAUGGGUUGUAUUUACAAUGGUGCUUGUUCUAUACUGGUUGCCCUUUUCUUAUGGCAACAAGUCACAAAUCUUGCUGUUGUGAUGGCACACUGUGAUAUUUCACCCAGUAGAUAUGGGAUUUUUGUGUAUCUGUGUAAUCUGAGGGAAAUAUGUGUCUCUAAUAUGGGUCAUAUAUUUGUCAGGAGGUCAGGAAGUGCAACUCAGUUUCCCACCUCAUUUUGUGGGCGGUGUGCACCAUAGCCUGUCUUCUUUUGAGAGCCAGGUCUGCCUACGACAGCCUUUCUCAAUAGCAAGGCUAUGUUCACUGAGUCUGUACAUAGUCAAAGCUUUCCUUAAGUUUGGGUCAGUCACAGUGGUCAGGUAUUCUGCCACUGUGUACUCUCUGUUUAGGGCCAUGGAGCAUUCUAGUUUGCUCAGUUUUUUUGUUAAUUAUUUGACACAUUGGAAAUAAUUAUCUUUUUGUUUUCUCAUGAUUUGAUUGGGUCUAAUUGUGUUGCUGUCCUGGAGCUCUGUGGGGUCUGUUUGUGAACAGAGCCCCGGGACCAGCUUGCUUAGGGGACUCUUCUCCAGGUACAUCUGAAGGUGAUGGCUUUGUAAUGGAAGGUUUGAGAAUCGCUUCCUUUUAGGUGGUUGUAGAAUUGAACUGCUCUUUUCUGGAUUUGAUCAUUAGAGGGUAUCAGCCUAAUUCUCCUCUGCAUAUGCAUUAUUUGGUGUUUGACGUUGAACACAUAGGAUAUUUUUCCAGAAUUCAGCACGCAGAGUCUCAAUUUGGUGUUUGUCCCAUUUUGUGAGUUCUUGGUUGGUGAGUGGAGGGCUAUGGCUUCUAUAACUGAUUCUCCCUCUCUCUACCCCCCUCUCUCUACCCGGAUCACCAAGCACGUCACCGUCAUCGAGCGCAAGCAGGCCACCAUCAACGUUUACAACAAGAAGAUUGAGCAGCUCGUCGCCAGCACUGGGCACGAGGACCUGGGCCCGUUGGAGAUCCAGGCCAGUACUCUGACCAAGCAGCUGGAGGGGGGAGGAGAGAUCAAGGAGCAGCAGCAGCUCUGGCUGCUAGUGAGACUGAGCCAGGAGAAACAGGCCCGGAUCGCUGCCCUGCUCACACUGCGGGCCCAAUUCACCAUCCUACAGCAGAGGAAAGUCUGCACCGAGAGUGAGAUGCAACAGGAGCAGCGUGAGCAGGCCGAGCUGGAGAGACACAUGAAGGAGCUAAUGGCGGACAUGUUGAAGCUCAACUUCCUGCUGAUUGAGAACAGGCAUCUCCACCAGGCCCUGAAGCAGGGCAAUGUCCUGAUGGAGACUGACUUCCUGCACAGACUCAAGGUCAAACUGGUGACGGGGGGGGGGGGUUCUGGUGUUCAUCAGUCCCCCAGUCAAAUACAUACAGUACACAUACUGUAUGCUUAAUAUGUGUGUCUAUGUUGCGUGUGUGUGUCCCCACCCUAACAGCAAAGUGGAGGAGUGUGAUGGCCUCAGAGAGCUGCAGCACGGCCAGGCCAGUCUGAGCAGCAGUCUGCGGGACAAACAGCUGCAGCUGGGAGAGCUCCACAGAGUCAGAACUGUCCUCACCUCAGACUUCCACUGUCUGCAGGACACCAAGGAGAGGAAACUGGCCCAUCUGGUCUCCCUCCAGGGCCGGGCCAAGCAGCUCCAAGCGGUGCAUGAGGGUCGCUACAGCGCCCUGUCCACCGGCAAAGCCUUGGAGCCUGCGUUGCAGGAGGAGCGUCUGCACGCUGUGGCCACCAUCCUGCACCGUGUCCAGCAGGAGUUCCCCCAGCACCAAGGGGCGCUACGACGCCUCUCCCUAGCCCUGGCCACGUGCUUGCUGACACCGCUUGGUCAGGAGACCCACUGACUAUUACAUGACUGAAAGCUCCCAUCAUAGGAUCACCCACGGAGUAGAUUGGAGAUAGAGAUCCAUUAUAGUUGUAGGAUUUUACUAUUCUAUGGUGUUCUAUGUUACUCUGAAAUGUUAGGAUUUGGGAGCUGGACUUGGGGUGGAAGCUCUCCUCCUGGCCUUGAUUGGGCAAUUUAGGUUUUCAGAAUAUUUCUGUUUAUUUUGUUUCAGUCCAUUUUCAGUUGAUAAAAUGAAGAGUUGAUUUAAUAUAUACACGGAUACAUCCUGCCAGCGUGUGAAAAUAAUAUUGUCCAUGGAUAAACUGAAGAUACACAUACAGCAUAUAAACAUUAAAGGUAACAUUUGA